UGGUUUUUCAGCACCAGUGAAAACAUGCUGUAUUGAUGUAAAAAAAAAAAGGAAAAAACAGCACAAAGGAAAAGAAAAAUAUUUAGAUAAAGAUUUUCAACAACUCUAAAAAUGGGAGUACCAGCAUUCUUUCGGUGGCUAAGCCGAAAAUACGCAAGUGUGAUAAUAGAUUGCAAUGAGAACAAGCAGGUCGAUCCGGAUACCGGUAAAAAUAUCUACGAGGACGCCACCCUACCCAAUCCGAAUGGAGUGGAGUUUGAUAACCUAUACCUGGAUAUGAACGGUAUUAUACACCCGUGUACGCAUCCGGAGGACAAGCCGGCGCCCAAGAACGAGGACGAGAUGAUGGUCGCCAUAUUCGAUUGCAUCGAUCGAUUGUUUGGCAUUGUCCGACCGCGAAAGGUGCUCUACAUGGCCAUUGACGGUGUGGCGCCCAGGGCCAAGAUGAACCAGCAGAGGUCGCGUCGCUUCCGUGCGGCCAAGGAGACCACCGAGAAGCGGCUGGAGAUUGCGCGCAUUCGCGAGGAGCUGCUGACCCGCGGCUGCAAGCUGCCGCCCGAAAAGGAGAAGGGUGAGCACUUCGAUUCCAAUUGCAUUACGCCCGGCACUCCGUUCAUGGACAGGCUGAGCAAGUGCCUACACUACUACGUCCACGAUCGGCAGAACAAUAACCCGGCGUGGAAGGGCAUCAAAGUUAUCCUCUCGGAUGCCAAUGUGCCCGGCGAGGGUGAGCACAAGAUCAUGGACUACAUACGGAAGCAGCGCGCCCAGCCGGAUCACGAUCCAAACACCCAGCACGUACUGUGCGGCGCCGAUGCAGAUCUGAUCAUGUUGGGCCUGGCCACCCACGAGCCGAACUUCACCAUCAUCCGGGAGGAGUUUCUGCCCAACAAGCCCAGGCCCUGCGACAUUUGCAAUCAAUUCGGACACGAAAUGGACAAGUGUGUGGGCCUCAGUGCCGUCGGUUCUUCCGGAGCCAACUUCAAGCCCGAUGUGGCCAUUGGAGCCGAGGUGAAGUUCAUAUUUGUACGCCUGAGCGUGCUCAGGGAGUACCUGAAGCAGACGCUCGAGAUGCCCAAUCUACCAUUCGAAUAUAAUUUUGAGCGCACCCUCGAUGACUGGGUGUUCAUGUGCUUCUUUGUGGGCAACGAUUUCUUGCCCCAUCUACCCAGUCUGGAGAUACGCGAGGGCGCAGUUGAUCGCCUGGUGGAGCUGUACAAGAAAUGCGUCUACAAGACAAAGGGCUACCUGACCGACUCUGGGGACGUGAAUCUCGAUCGUGUGCAGCUGAUAAUGACGGAUCUUGGCAAUGCCGAGGAUCAGAUAUUCAAGAGUCGUCAGCGACGAGAGCAGCAGUUCAAGGCCAGGGAUAAACCGAGGCAGAGGCAGGAUCACAGCGCUCUGGAUCAAUCGGUGUUUGGUGCCCAGGCCGUUGGCGCUGGCCGCAAUGGCCAGCCCUCGAGUAUUGCCAAUUACAAGCAGGAAGCUGCUGCGCUGAGAACCGGACAAAAACGUCCCAACGAGGAGGAAGAGGAGGACAACGACGAGGUGCGCUUGUGGGAGGAUGGCUUCAAGAGUCGCUACUACGAGUCCAAGUUCGAUGUGGCACCCGAGAAUCAUUCGUUCCGCUAUGCCGUGGCCCUGCAAUAUGUGCGGGGACUGUGCUGGGUCUUGAAGUACUACUAUCAGGGCUGUGCCUCCUGGAACUGGUACUUCCCCUAUCACUAUGCCCCCUUUGCUUCGGAUUUUGUCAACAUCCAGGGCCUGUCGACGGCCUUUGAGCGGGGGACAAAACCCUUCAAUCCGUUGGAGCAGCUGAUGGGAGUCUUUCCGGCGGCCAGUAGCUCGCAUGUGCCCGAACCCUGGGCAGAGCUAAUGUCCAGUCCGGAUUCACCCAUCAUCGACUUUUACCCGGAGGACUUUAAGAUCGAUUUGAAUGGCAAGAAGUUUGCCUGGCAGGGUGUCGCCCUGCUGCCCUUUGUCGACGAGAAGCGUCUCUUCAAGGCCCUCGUACCGUACUACACACAGUUGACAGGCGCGGAGAUAAAGCGCAAUAAGCAGGGCCACAAUUUCCUGUACAUCAGCAACUCCAGUCCACACUACAAGAAGGUGAAGAAGAUUAUUGAGGGCACAGAGGACGCCGAGAAUCCAUGCAAUGCCAUCUCCUUUAAUGGCAUGCGCGGCACCAUACUCCGUUCGGACAUAGACACUGCCAUCGAUGGCUGUCUGCCGUCACCGAUUGCCGGACUUCCUGACAUCACUGGUAACACCAUUGUGACGACAUUCUUCAUAGAUCCCGAGUACGAUGAUGAUUACAUAUUCGAGGCCAAGCGUCUGCCCAAUGCUGUUGAUCCGCCGCAGGUUUUGCCCUCCCCCGAAGGACAGAAGAACGGACCCGUCAUUGGUUUCAAUAGCCAUCAUUCGAGGGCCUACGUGGCACCUGGUGGACAUCGUAUGCUGAAUGCUGGCAUACGCAAUAGUCAGGGAGACCGCGGACAGCAGGGCUACAAUCAGGGUGGCGGUGGAGGUGGCGGCUAUAAUCAGGGGCAAGGACAAGGCUAUCAGAAUAAUAGUCGCAACUACAACUACAACUACAACAAUAACUACAACCAGCAGCACCAGGGUGGCGGCGGAGGUGGUGGAUAUCAGAGCCAGAGCCAGGGUAGCUAUCAGAAUCGCCAGCAGUACGCUGGUGGCCAGCAGCAGUACCAGAACCAAAGGUACAACCAGGAGGGUGGACAGCAGCAGCAGGGCCAAAGGAGUUACAAUAACUACAAUGGUCAGCAGAGGAAUUACCAGCAGCAAGGAGGUGGCGGGGGCAAUAGGCAACAGAAUCAAAAUCAAAACUAUAGAAGAUUUUAAGCGCACAUACACGAACAUUUUAUGCAUUGAUCUUACACGUAGAAGUAACAAGUUUUAAUGAAGACAAAAAUAAACGAUAAUAGAAUGGAUUCAAUAAGCUACCAUCAGUUAACUCCCAGGAACAUUAAUUGUUACCUUAGUGCCUCAAAAUAUAAAUUGUAUAUUAGAAGCAGAUGAGAUAUACAACACAAAGAGCUGCCUGCCUUUAUUAAUGACAGUGUCUCUAGGGUAACAAAUAUUAACAUUCAAAUAGUAGCAACUCCGCCUAUAUUGAGCAGUACAAUACCAUUAAUGGACAGUACUCCUAGGGUUAUCUAUCUAUAAUAUAACCACCAUAUACCGUAUACAAUUUUAACAACAAAAAAUGCACCUUAAAAACAAAUAAAUAUCAAUUAAGAAUAAAUUAUUCAAUUAUUUCUGAUGCCAACAUUCUGUUCUUUUUAAUUUUUUUGAUUUAGAAUAAUAUUCUACGAGGAACUAGAAAACGAUCUAUGUAUCAUGUGCAAUUUUAUCAAAACAUCACUUUGCAAUUGUUUAGAAUGGUUCAAAUUAAAAAUAUAAUAAAAAUGCAUUCAUUUUCUGAUGUA